CAGAAUUUAACUAAAAAAAAUGGCCUACCUUCAUUUCUUCAAUUUUCCUGUGGGAAACGAAGACGACGACGAGAUUAUCUGAACCCGCUUCAUCCGCGUCUUCGGCUCCACCAGUGGAGUUUUCCGGCUACUCCUGAUUGUCUUCCGGUGAGCAGUCUCCUCUCCUCUACGGCGACUGGCAACCCGUCGGAGAUUUUUACACUAGAGCAGGAAUCAAGCUCUUCUUUUUCUCUCUUUCUGAGUAAGUUUCUGGCAUCCUGCCACCGGCUCUUAUCCUCUAGAAUGCAGUGACCCUUUGAUGCCAGUGACCCGAAAGUUCUUCCUUUCUCCUUGUCGGGUUUAUUCCGAUUCCCUUAUUGAGAUACCUCGGAUUGAGCUUGUAAGGAAGAGUUAUGGUGGAAUGCUUGAAGAAUCCGGUUUGCUAUUCGAGGAGUUCCUGCCCUCGUUGCUGCUGUUGCUAUAGUAUUGUUCCGAAGUCAAGACCAAGCGAAGUCCUGCACAAAGUGUACAUGAUUCCCAUCACUAAGCUUAGAGCGUCCUGUUUCAGUUCACCAAAAUUGGACAGCUAUGUCCUAGUAAAGUCUGUUGCUAAUGAUAAUGUUGAACAUGGAUUUAUGGACGGUGAACUGGAUGGGGGCAAGGUGCUUUCAGAGGAAAGUGAGGGGUCGGAGAGAGUAUUCACUCUUUUGAGAGAUGCAAAAGGUGGAGAUGUUGAUAGUCCUUCGGCGGUGCAUACAGAAUUGGUCUGUAUGAGCCACAGCGGGAUGCAUUUUCUCGAGGAGACAGAUGAGGAAGUGUUAUCGGAGCGGGUUUUAGUGCUUAGUAGAACGAACAAAGUCAGAAGUGCUUUUAUAUUGUAUAAGUCUAUGGAAUUGUCGGGUCUUUAUCCUAACAAACAUGCCUGCAACUCGUUGUUGUCCUGUCUCCUGAGGCGAGGGCUGCUCGAUGAUGCCUUGAAAGUUUUCAAAUCCAUGCGAUCGAAAGGUGCUUCUACAGGAUAUAGUUAUAGUCUGAUACUAAAGGCAGUUGCAGAUGCCCAAGGUUGUGAUUCGUCUCUCAAAAUGUUUAUGGAAUUUGAACGGGGAAACAGUUCAGUGAAGGUAUUUGAUGCAGUUGUUUAUAACACAAUGAUCUCAAUUUGUGGUAGGACAGACAAUUGGAUGCAGUGCGAGAAACUGUGGGAGAGUAUGAAGGAAAAUGGCCACAAAGGAACUGCAAUCACUUAUUCUCUACUAGUCAGCAUAUUUGUUCGUUGCGGUCAAAAUGAACUUGCCCUGCAAGCUUACCAUGAGAUGGUUCAGCGUGGAUUAAAACCGGGAAAUGAUGUUUUGCAGGCAGUAAUGAAAGCUUGCACGAAAGAAGGGAAGUGGGAAUUAGCAUUAAGUGUAUUUGAGACUAUGUUGGCUAAUGGCCAGCGCCCGAAUUUGAUCAGUUGCAAUGCCCUUAUGAACUGUCUAGGGAAAGCUGGAGAGGUGGGUCAAGCCUUCAAGGUCUACGACAUAAUGAGAAGGUUUGGUCAUGAGCCAGAUGGUUACACAUUGAAUGCAUUAGUCGGUGCCUUAUAUCGGGCGAACCGACCCUCUGAUGCUCUACGACUCUUUGACAGUGUAUCAAGAGAGAAAGGGUUUCACCCAAACUUGCAUGUUUACAACACCGCUUUAAUGUCGUGUUCUAAGCUAAGAUCAUGGGACAGAGCUGUACAAAUUCUAUGGCAAAUGGAGGCUUCUUGGUUAUCUGUCCCAGUAGCAUCUUACAACCUCGUUAUAGCUACCUGUGAGGUUGCAAGGAAGCCAAAAGUUGCGCUUCAAGUUUAUCAGCACAUGAUUGACAAGAAUUGCAGCCCCGACACAUUUACUAAUCAAUCAAUCCUAAGAAGUUGCAUUUGGGGAUCUCUCUGGGAUAAAGUGGAGGAAAUUUUGAAGGGUGCGCUGGAUGCGUCUUUGUAUAAUACUGCAAUUCAGGGGAUGUGCUUGAGAGGCAAGAUUGAUUUGGCGAAGACCUUGUACAGGAAAAUGCGAGAGAAAGGUUUCAAACCCGAUGGAAAAACACGGGCAUUGAUGCUUCAGAAGUUAACAAGAAACUAACAAUUUGCGGGAAUGGGCUCUAAUGAGAACUGAACGAGUUCAGCUUAGCAAUUAAUAACUGUCGAUUCUCUACGAGAAGCCCUUGUGCAAGAAUCCAAUACACCGAUACUGCCGGAUCCGCACAUGUAACAGUUACUUCCGAAAUGGAUAUUUAAUGGUUGAUUAUUCCGGUUUGCCAUCCUCUUUAUGUUCUUGAAGAUGAGUCAAGGAACAGUUUGAUUGGAAUCAAUCCAAAUGAGUGUGGCUUUUGCUCUGAUGGGAAAUUAUGGACAUGAGGGGUGAGUGUGGAUAACAUCUGAAGCACCGAAAGGGGAAACAUCAAGAUCACAAAAUGAAACACCGAGAUCGAGCCCACUAUACUCUGCACAUUUUACAUCUCUUUACAGCCUUUAGACAAAACUGCCCCAAGUGGGUCGAAAGCUUGCCUGCAGAAACUGGUGCACUCGAUCGGCAACAUUUCCAAUCGACAAGAACUAGGGACACUACCAGUGCCGUGUGCGGAUAUCACGUGAACCGAACUAUUAUUCUUGCCCUGCUAGAUCAUCGACAAAUCAUGUGAGUACAAGAUUGGUAGUACCGGACAGUCAUACAAAGUUGUCUCAGCAAUUGGGAGUAAAACAAGUAGAGAAGGUUACUUUU